GUCUCCGAGCAGCAGCAUGCUGGGAAGUGUAGUUCUCAUCUUUGUAUUGCGUUCCCACCGUCUCCGACGUGAAAGAUGCCGGCCGUACACCACAAAUUAUUACUCGAGGAGGCCUUGCAAGACAGUCCGCAGACGCGGUCCUUGCUCAGUGUGUUUGAAGAGGAUGCAGGCACGCUCACUAACUACACAAACCAGCUGCUCCAGUCUAUGCAAAGAGUGUUUGGAGCACAGAAUGAAAUGGCUCUGGCAACAGAACAGCUUUCCAAGCAGCUCUUGGAGUAUGAGAAACAGAAUUUUGCUCUGGCGAAAGGCGAUGAAGAGGUGAUCAACACUUUGCAGCAGUUCGCCAAGAGCGUGGAAGAGCUGAACUCUUUGCAUUCUGAACUGGCCACUCAGAUUGCAGACAAGAUGGUGUUUCCCAUGGUGCAAUUCAGAGAGAAGGACCUUACAGAGAUCAGCACACUGAAGGAGAUAUUUGGCAUCGCCAGUGAUGAGCAUGAAGCUGCCAUGGUCAAAUAUAGUCGUUUGCCUAAAAAGAGAGAAAAUGAAAAGAUCAAAGCAGAGGUGGUGAGAGAGGUGGCGUAUUGCCGCAGGAAGCAGCAUCAGGCCGCUAUGCAGUAUUAUUGCGCUCUGAACGCGCUGCAGUACAGGAAGAGAGUGGCCAUGUUGGAGCCCAUGCUGGGAUACACACACGCUCAGAUAAAUUUCUUUAAGAAGGGAAUGGAGCUGGUGUCAAAGAAGAUGGACAGUUUUCUAAGCUCAGUUUCUAGCAUGAAUCAGAGUAUUGAGUCUCAGUUAGAGGUAGAAGCAGAGGUCAUGCGUUCCUCUCAGAGAGAGCUCCUGUCUGUGGAUGACACCGUCUACAUGCCGGAUCACGAUCAGGUCCCCGUGAAUCGCGCCCUCAUCCAGAAAGCCGGUUACCUCAACAUCAGGAAUAAGACGGGUCUGGUGACAACAGCGUGGGACCGCUUGUUCUUCUUCACGCAGGGUGGUAAUCUGAUGUGUCAGCCGCGGGGUGCGGUGGCAGGCGGGAUGGUUCUGGAUCUGGACAACAGCUCCGUCAUGGCCGUCGAGUGUGAGGACCGCCGCUACUGCUUCCAGAUCACUUCACCCAACGGCAAAACGUGUCUGAUUCUUCAGGCUGAGAGUAAGAAGGAAUAUGAAGAGUGGAUUUGCACCCUCAACAACAUUUCCAGACAAAUUUAUCUAACUGACAAUCCUGAGGCUGUGGCGAUCCGGUUGCAUCAGACGGCACUCCAGGCUGUGACGCCCAUCACCAGCUUUGAGAAGCGAGCAGAGGGUUCUCCUAACCCCGACCGAGCAAAACCAGGUGCUGUGACCUCUAGAGAGCCUCAGAAACCCCCUACAACCCUUGAGCCUGAAGAUCUGAUCGUCCCAGGAACACCAAUCCAGUUUGACAUUGUGCUGCCCGUGUCUGAGUUUCUGGACCAGAACCGAGCCGGGGCCAGACGCACAAACCCCUUUGGCGAGACGGAGGAUGAUGACGGCACUUCAGACACGCACGAUUCGCUCCUGCAGCAGGUGUUUGCGGUGCGGUUCUUGGGUUCGAUGGCCGUACGAGCUGGUCACACACAGGAAGUGAUCUAUGAAGCCAUGAGGCAGGUGCUCGCAGCUCGUGCAAUUCACAACAUCUUCAAAACCACCGAAUCCCACCUGAUGGUCACCAGUAGCUGCAUCAGAUUGAUUGACCCACAGACACAAGUCACCAAAAUCAGUUUCCAGCUGAAGGACGUGACUCAGUUUGCCGCUCAUCAGGAGAACAGCAGGCUGAUGGGGUUUGUUCUGCAGGGGAGCGAUUGGAGUGACGGAGGCGAGGAUCAGCCCUCCUUCAGCGUAUUUGUGUUUGAGAGCAACACUGAAGGAGAGAAGAUUUGUUAUACGAUAAACCUGGGGAAGGAGAUCUCGGAAGCAAAGAAGGACCCUGAGGCUCUGGCGCAGUUGAUAAAGUCGAUGCCCCUAACGAAUGAUGGCAAGUUUUUGCUCCUAGAGAAUGAGAUGGGAGACGCAGCGGAAGCGGUCGGAGCAGACGAGCAGGAAUCAGAGGCCUGAUCUGAACACAACACACACAUAACACACUCCCAUUUCCUGCUGCUGUUCUCCUGUCCUCCUCUCACAACUCCAGACAGACUAAUGAAGGAAACACAACAGGUGAUUCGUUUAGCACUUACCUGUUUUUAGAUGUUCAAGGUUUCAGUAGAAGUACAUCAGACAUGAGUUUACAAGCUAAAGGAAUAAUUCACCCAAAAAUGAAAAUUUUCAUUUGACUGUAGUGCAUGAGUACUAUAAACCAGUUUUAUUAUACACUAAUGGUACGUUUUGGAGUUCAACAGUGUAAAACUAUUUCAGUUUCUUUGUGUGAAAAAUAGCCAUUCAGAGUUUUCAUUUUUGGGUGUACUGUCACUUUAAGAAAAUAAUCUUAUGGAUUCUAUUUGCAUCUUGAUUGUCAUGUUACCAUUAGAAUUGUCAGAUUUUUAAAAAAAAUAAUAGUUCAUUCUGUUGCUCAUAUUACAGCAAAGUUUGAGAUUUCUCACACUACAUAAGCAAACGCAACCAUUAAACCUGAACCUUUAUAUGCACUUUCUUUCUUCCUGUUGCAUCUGACACAUUCUGAUUUUCAUAAUCAUUUACAUUCCAUUACAUUUUAAUUGUGAUGCUGUUUUUAAUUAAGUUUGCAAAACGUGUGAAUCCCAAUUUGCAUAUAGCAACUAUUUAGUAUUCAAGAUUAGCAGCGAUUUAAAAUAUGAAUUCAUGCAUGCUAAUACUGCUUUGAAAGAGAUGUUUGUGUUGUUCUUGGUAAAAUUUUGAAACGCAUAAACAAAUGUUAACAAGUAGUUCAAAAAAAAAAAUAAUAAUGAAAAAUUGCUAAAAAUGUACUCACCCUCAGACUAUCCAAGACGUAGAGUUUGUUUCUUCAGAAUUAAAGAAAUAUCACUCGCUCACAAGUGGAUCCACUGUGGUGAAUGGGCACCAUUAGAAUAAGAGUCUAAACAGCUAAUUUAAAAAAAAGGCUGGAAGUGUCACACGCCCUGAGAAGUGGAUUCACUGUGGUGAAUGGGUGCCAUCAGAAUGAAAGUCCAAACAGCUGAUAAAAAUGCAGCUGGAAGUGUUGUACUCGCUCACCAGCAGAUCCACUGUAGUGAAUGGGUGCCGUCAGAACGGGAGUCCAAACAGCUGAUAAAAACAGUCAUAGUCGCGCAUAGUAGCGUCAUAGUCGCUCAUCAGUGGAUCCACUGUGGUGAAUGGGCACCAUCAGAAGGAGAGUCCAAACAGCUGAUAAAAACAUUGCUGGAAAGUCACACUCACCCGUGGAUCCACUGUAGUGAAUGGGUGCCGUCAGAAUGAGAGUCCAAACAGCUGAUAAAAACGUCGCUGGAAGUGUUAUUAUAAGCUCAUUUUUUGAUUAAAGGAGGUUUAAAGCCAAAACAUCUUAAUGAUGAAUUUGUUUCUUAUCAACAUGAAAGUUUUUGCUUCACGAGAUGCUACUUGAUGGACUGGAUUUCUUGUGGAUUACGGUGAUGUUUUUAUCAGCUGUUUGGACUCUCAUUCUGACGGCACCCAUUCACUGCAGAGGAUCCACUGGUGAGCAAAGCUGUUCUGAUGAAGAAACAAACACAUCUACAUCUUGGAUGGCCUGAGGGUGAAUACAUUUUCAACAAAUGUUCAUUUUUGUGUGAACUGUUCCUUUAAUGAACUUCAGUUAAAUGCAAAUGCUUGCAAGCAAAUAUUAUGAUUAAAAAGGUGCAAUUUUUCGACUUGUUCCUUAAGUGUGCAAAUUGGGAUUCAGCAGAAGGCAAAUAUUUUCUCUAUUUUUGGUUUAAAUUUUUUUUUAAACAUGCAGUUUACACUUUUAAAACACUAAUUUAAAACCAGUAGUAUGAGUUUACUUUCUGUUGUCUGUUUACAUUUGAUAACCCUAAUAAAUACAGUGAACAGAUGAACUGAAAAAGGAAAUCGGACACAUCCUGUAUAUUUUAACUCAUUCUGUGGAAAAAUUAAUACUCUCAGGGUGAGUCUGGUAACAAAAUUAAAUCUUUUUUUGUGUGCUGAAGGGCUUUUUUUUUCUCAGUAUUUCCUGUCCGAUCAGUGUCGUUCAGUCUGAGCAGAUGGAUCGGCACAUCCGCAGCGCUUUAUUACGCACUCAUUUAUCUGUAUCAUUUAUGAAUUGUACGUGUUGAAAUCAAGCACCUGAAAGCGGUUUGCUAGUGAACGAUGUUGAACUGUUUACAUUUAUUGUGCUGGAGCGACUCAAGCUGAUCCUGAAGUGUUUCUCAAACUCUAAUACGCCUCAGUAACCAUCUGAAGUUUAACCUGCGAUGAGCUUUAGCAUGACGACAAAUAAAAACAUUCAUGAACUUGAAUGGAUGCGCAGCAGUUAUUGGUCUUAUGGGUUCUGCUCAUGUAACAUCUGUUCAGAAUGUAAAACUUUAAUAAAGCUUUGUGACCAUUUC